AUGGUUAUGGCUCUGGUCACUGAACUUGGUCUUGAUCAAGAGCCACACAUGUUGGCAAAUGCCGCACUGGGAGGCGUCGGUUCCAUCGGACGAUCUGCUUCCACACUCAAAACCCGGACGUUAGCGGAAAGGAGGGUAUUCCUGGGUGCCAUCUGGCUCAGGUCCAUAUUCACCACAUGCAGCGCAGAGUUCGAUGGCAUAAAGUUCGGAAGAUAUGCAGAGAACUGUUGCCGGAUCCUGGAAGACGCUAUGGAACAUCCUGAUGAUUUAUACCUAGUGCAACUUAUCCGAAUGCAGAGAAUAGCAGAUUCUAGUAGGAUGACGCUACACAAUGAGGCACUGGAAAAUUCUCCUGGCUUUCCCAUGUUCUUGUCUAUUGGUGUGGCAUCGUUGGUGAAGAGUGUACAGGAUAUGGGGACAACACUUAGCCUCGAACUUCCUCAAGCAGCCUUGAUGGUGGUAUGUUAUCACAUGGUCCAAGUCCACAUCUACAAAAUCGCUCUGGAAGACCGACUGUUCCCAACAUCACGCGGAGAAUAUAGCACCACCCACAUCCCCAAUCCAUAUCCCUCCGACACACCCAUCCUCGACCGAAACGACCUCCUCUCCUCGUGCUGGACCGCGACGAAAGCAAUGACGAGGACCAUCCUCACCCUCCCACCACUCCUAAUGUUCUCGAUGCCGUACCCGAUGUGGCUCCAACUCGCGCACUCGCUGCUCGUCUUCUCGCGCCUCCUGACGGUGCGGGACUCGACAUGGGACCACUCGCGGCCAACCAUCAUGGCCGACUUCCGCGACACCAUCCUCGGGCUAUCGCAGCGACUAGAAGAGGUCAUGAACCACGGCGUGCAGCUCGUCCCUUCGCGCCGCCUGCCCGACAUCUUCCACACGUUGGUCGAGCGCCUGAAAGAGAUUUCGCUCAACAUCGGCAUGAAUUCUGUGGAUUUCGCUGUCCAACACCAUCAGGUACCUGACAGCAGCGAAGCUUUCUUGAUGUCGAGCGAGGCGCUGGAUGCCAUCGAUCAGUUUUUGAUGCGAGAGGCGGCCCAGACUUCGCUGUUCAACUUCUCUUCUUACGGGGGCGAGGCGUGGGUGUGA